AUGAAGAACAGUGUGUCCCGCACUCAACCCAUCCGCCGGUAUGAUAACUUUCCCCUAGAGAAUAAUCUUCCGCUGGCUAUAGGCGCAAACUUUCACGACGAUCCAAUCUGUCGAGACACCUGCCGAAAAAGUCAUACCUUGUUAUUACCAAAGAAAGUGGAUUACGCUCCCCACGCGGAAUAUGUUUACAACGGAGGUGGUUUGACUCGGGAUGGUAAAACAAGGACCUGUUCCGCAGCUGACGAUGAAGAAAGCGAGGACGAAAAUGUAUUUGAUGGAUGGCUUACUGCAAACUUUGAUGCACCAAACGGUGGGAAGGACUACGUGGUUCAGUUCCUUGCGUAUUUUGUUGAAAAGAUUCCUGAGAGCCCAACUGAGACCACAAUCGUAAGAAAGGUUUGCAUUCGUUAUUACACACAAGACAAUAGCAUCGCAGUCAUUGAAGCAAAACAGGACAACAGUGGUAUUGUGCAAUCUAUGAUAUUGUCGCGUCGACGAGUUCCCCGACGAAUGGAUGAUGUAAAUGAACUGAUCACACUCGAUGAUCUUCAGAUUGGGACAUCCAUUAAGUUGUUUAACAGAGAGUACCAUAUUCUUGAUAUGGAUCAACGGAGCCGACAGUACUAUGAAAAGGUUCGAGGUGAACAAGUUCCAGAGGGCUUGCCAUGGCCAUAUGAAAUAGACAAAUUCGGCGCUGCUGCACAAGCUCGACUACUGAAGGGAACCCAUCGAUUGGCAACUUCCGAGGACAUGGAUAGAAAACGUGCUAUUGAACAGCAACUGACUGGUAUCUAUACAAAACAUGCCACUGAGGAUAUUCUUGCGGCCCAGAAAUUUUUGAAACACAACAUCAAUGAGCACUUGACGUUUCUUGCAUUAUGGGAUGACCGAGAAAAUAUAAGUGGAGAUUUGCGUUUUUGUGUGAUUCGCAUUUACCUGGAGAAUGAUACAGUAGAGAUUGUGGAAAGAAGGCCCGAAAAUUCAGGACGUGAUGGUGGUACAACCCUUUUGAACCGUCAGCGUGUUCCGCGUCCUGGAGUUGACAUCCAAAAAACUCGGUUUCAAGAACACACGUUUGGCGUCAUAAUGAAACGGGACUUUCUUGUUGCGGAGGACAUAAAGAUCGGUGAAACUUACAUCAUCCAUGGCAGACCGUAUUUCAUUUACGAUGCAGAUACUUUUUCACGUGAGUACUUGAAGAACGAAUGUGGAAUAGAACUUGCGCCUGCGUUGGAUAUUGAUGUGUUUACCAAGAGCGGUUUGAAAGGCCCUGUAAAGUUCUAUCCACCUCCGCCAAAUGGUUUCGGCAGCGAGCGUGAAAAACGUGCCAGUUGGAUUACUUUAACGGCAAAACCUCAACGACCAGACUUUGCCAAGUUGGAGAGGGAAGAAGGACGUGUAAUGCGCUUUUUGGCGGUCCUUGCAAACCCACUGGUUCGUGGGGAUGAAGAGAGAGAAUUUGUUAUUUUGUUUCAUCGAGCAACCGAUGAAGUGGAAAUUUUCGAAAAACCGGGGCGGAACUCGGGCUUUAUUGCUGGACGAUUCCUUACGAAAGGUGUGUAUGGGAAACUAGUAGAGGAUGGCUCCACUGUUCCCUUCACACCUCAAGAUUUUGAGGUGGGCAAGCAGGUCGUUAUUUUGGAACGACCUUUUAAGCUUAUUGCAAUGGAUGAAGAAACAAAGCGAAUUCUGGAGAAUAAGGAGAGUUCAACUACAGAAGGUCGACUGAAAGAAUUGCUGCUUUUGUUUAAACAACAGAUACAAUUGAAGUUUCUUCGCGUUCACGAGGCAUACUGUGUCCUCGCUCCUGAAGGUGUUCUUGGUUACCGCCAGGUUCGUGAGUUUUUGCGAUCAUGUAGUUGCGCAAUAACCGAAGAGGAAGCCAUUCUCCUCGUGCAGAACGUUGCUCCGUCCAGCAAAGGUGUCAUCUCAUUUGAUGAAUUCCUCAAAGUGGUGAAUGUCACUUCCUCAGGACACAUGGAUGAGGCCUCCCUUACAGCGCGCUCCGUCAAGAGCGUCAACAUGUCAAAAGAUGACACCCUCAAGGCCACAGUAUCAGAGGCAGAGAACCUUCAGCGGAGGAAGAGGCUAACAAUUGAGUUGAGGCAUAAGUUGACUCAGAGGCGAGGUACCACACAGGAACAGUUUCUUCUUUUAGGUUGUCACAGCUCUACAUCACGACUAAACCGUGAUGUUUUCCGGCGUUCACUCAAUGAAGUCAUGCACUUCAACAUGUCCAAAAGUGAUGAAGACAUGUUGGUCUCAAUCCUGUUUGACGGUCGUGAGGACGAGAAUGGCGAUAUCACGUACAAACAGUUCCAAGAAUUCACGGACCUCCAUGGUCCCUUGUAG